UCGGUUGAGUGCCGAGGCUGACUUUGUGUGGUUGAAUUGAAAAAAAAAAAUCUCAAAAUCCCACCAGCUAUCCUUUGCCUGUUUUCUUCCCUACUCUCGCUCGCAUGCGAUCAAAAUCUCGAGCGUGAAAUUGCAAAAUGCAUACCAGUGUCUGCGCUUCGCCCGAUGAAUAGUGCAGUGGUACCCCGGUUGAGCUGGCCCCGUUUGAGUCCAACACUACUAAUCGGCGAUUAAUUUCGCAAGAGAAUGUUUUGCAGUGUGCCCAGAGUUCCUCCCCUUUGUCCCGAGCGUGUAAAGUGUAAGGAAAAAAUCAAUUUAGCAAAUCGGAUAAGCGCAGGGAUUGCAGCUGGUGAAAAAAAGCAUCGUUAUUUCGGGUGGCUCGUUCGAAGGUGAGCUGGAUUACCUCGCACCGAGCGUACAAGUGCACUUUUUUGUUCACACUCGGCCUAAAUGGGGAGUGCGGCUUGCGAAACAUUGCUUCAUUUCGAAGUAAUGAAUUGAUAAAUUAUUUAACCGGAGGGCAUACGGUUCGACUGGUUCGUUCGGUUUGAUGGAAAGGCCGGAGAUUAGAGAGAACGCGUCGGGAGGGUGUGUCGAUUUGUCAACAAGCAGUAGCAGCAACAGUAGUAUGGUUUUCUUUCUGUUCAAUGACCGGUUAUUCAGCAAUUUCUGCCCGUCACCUAGUUGAACUGAAAUUCAGACCAUCGCAAAACAAUGGAUCCGUUUCAUUUGAGACAAACGGCCAGCAGACAGCUUGUGUCAGUAACAUUACAGGUGGUGGGCCAUCUUAACAACGUGCCGUGCCGCAUCACUUCAGUUCCAGCACACAACGCACUGACACCGCACGCGCGCUCUAGCCUUCACCCACCAUGGCUCAGGAACAGUCGACCAGCACCACCACCACCGUACCAGACCUGAACUCGCCACCCUUUUCACGCCUGUUUGUGCUAUGCGGUAAGCAAGUUACCGUAGGCGCGCUGGAGAAGUUCUUCUCGCCGUACGGCACGGUCGAGCAGUGCCACAUCGUGUACGAUCAAAGCACCGGCCAGUCGAAGGGUAUCGGGUUCGUCAAGUUCCAGAAAACGUCCCAGGCGGCCCGAGCACUUAAGGAGGCAGACGGAAAACAUAUCGAACCGGAGCUGAAACCGAUCAAGGUCGAGAUUGCUUCCAGCACAAUCGAGUCGAAACCGCUGGACUGUUUGCGGCUGAAGGUGAAAUGCGCGGCCGAGCUGGACGCCGACGCGGUGAAGGCCGAGUUUGGCAAGAUCUCCGCCGUCAACAGUGUGCAGCUGGUGCCGGACAAGAAGUCGCCGGGCAACAACGUCGCCUACCUGACCUUCGAGUCGUUCCUCGAUGCGGCGCUCGCGUUCGAGACGGCCAAACCCGAGCACAAGGCCAAAUUUGCCAAGAUUAAACCGCGCAAGGUCAGCCUCGAGUCGGUGCAGCCGCAGGAGGCGCGCAGUUUCUUCCGGCCCGUCACCAGGCGGCGCUCGUCCACGCUGCUGCCGCCGACCAAGCUGACCGUGCUGUGCAGCUCCACGCUGACGCAGAACCAGAUCUGGCGCCUGUUCGACAUCAUCCCCGGGCUGAUGAACUGUUCCAUCUCGCACGACGGUGGUUCGAUCUCGUCCGCCACCGUCACGUACAACAACACGCAGUCGGCGAAGUACGCACGGGAGAAGCUGCACAAGUUCGAGUAUCCGAUCGGCGAGCGGAUCGUGGUGCGCGAUGGUAGUGAAUAGUGGAAUAUUUGUACCCCAAAUAUCUCUCUUUUUUUUCUUUCUUUCAUUUGUUAGGUUUUCUAUACUUGUCUUGUACAAAAAGUUUGCCAUGAAUGAUAACUCAAUAAAACAGAAACACUUUGGAAUA